ACUCCUCCGUCUCCGACUCUCCGUCUCCGUUGAGAAGAGAGCACCACCCGCCGGACAUGGCCGACGCCGGCGAGCCUCCUGUGAGCGAAAACCACAACUAGGACGGUGUAGAUAGGUACCGUUCGGUUCUAAACAAGGCACGCGGCGGGCGUCAUUCUUGGUUUGUCAAGCGAGGGCGGUGGUUGUUUGGUGUGGUGGUUGCCGGCGGUCGAUGACGUUUCUGUUCCCGGUCAGGAGCCAGCAGGGUGCGAUGGAGGGCAGGCCGCCGGCGCCGCCGAGGGUGUCGAUGUUCCGGCGGCUGAUGGUGCGGGUGACCCCGGCCGAGCGCCUGGCCGCGGACGACAAGGAGAGGGAGAAGGGGGAGAGGCCGGCGGCCGCCGGGGACGCCGAGGUCGGGUCGGUGGGGCUGGACCGGAUGGUGCUGAGCUUCAUGGAGGACAGCGCGGCCGUGGUGGAGCGACCCCCGCGGGGCCGCUGCAACUGCUUCAACGGCAACCAGGACGGCAGCGACGACGAGGACUCCGACUACUUCCUCCCCUCCGCCUCCGCCCCCGCCGCCGCGCCGGCCGCGGCCGGCGACGCCUUGGAGCUGCUCAAGGGCCUGGUGCAGUGCGCGACCACAGCGGAGCGGAACCUCCUCGCCGACGCGUCGCGGAUCGCCGAGCGGUGCGGCAAGGGCGGCGGCUGUUCCGGCCGGAAGAAGGCCGACGUCCGGCGCGCGGUGGCGGACGGGCUCCGCGCGCUCGGGUACGACGCGGCGGUGUGCACGUCGCGGUGGGACAAGGGCCCCUCGCACCCGGCGGGGGAGCACGAGUACAUCGACGUGGUGGUGGCGGUGGAGCCCGGGGCCGGGGCGGCGACGGCGAUCCGCCUCGUGAUGGAGGUGGACUUCCGGUCGGAGUUCGAGGUGGCGCGGCCCACCAAGGCGUACCGCGCGGCGCUGCAGGCGCUGCCGCCGCUGUUCGUGGGCACCCCGGACCGGCUCGGCCGGGUCGUGGCCCUCGUCGCCGACGCCGCGCUGCAGAGCCUCCGGAAGCGCGGGCUCCACUUCCCGCCGUGGCGCAAGCCCGAGUACAUGCGCGCCAAGUGGCUGUCCCCGCACGCCCGCGCCGGCGCCCCGGACAAGCCGCCGGCGCCGCCCGCGCAGGCUUCUUCGCUGGCCGCGCCGGUGUCCGCCGCCAGCUUCGCCGGCGAGUUCGAGCUGCGGUUCGACGAGAAGCCGAAGGCGCCCGACGGCACCGCCGGCGAGGAGAAGAAGAUCACGGCGGUGGUGUCGCCGUCGCCGUCGCCGUGGCGCCCGGAGGAGCCCGAGGCGAGCAAGCAGAGCCCGCCGGCGCCGGCGCCGCAGGCCAAGGGGAAGGUGGUGACGGGGCUCGCCUCCGUGCUCUGAUCCCCCGCGCGGCGGCGUGCCGGAUCGAAUAACGCUAACGAGAACCCUCCUCCUGCGGCCACUAGCUAGCUGAUCAAACCCAAGAACUCCACCUCCACCCAAAUCCUCAUUUUGUCGCCCUUUUUUUCCUUCGCGUUUCUCGAUCCGUCCGACGGCCGGCUCCAGGUGUUUUAGCGGUUUUCCGGCUCCUCGGAAAAGAGAGAAAAACGCUUCUUUUUGUCCGGUUUCUUUUUUGUUUUUGUUCCGAACAGAUGUUUCGGUUCUCCGGCGCCGGGUGAACGGAAGGAACCUGGAGGUUUGCGGUUCCUCGUCCCCUGGUGUCGAGAGGAAGACGAAGGAGGAACAGGCCUCAUCGCCAUGAUCUGGGGUUCUGAACUACCUGUUGUAGUACUGUGGCCUCGUUUAGUUUGCGCUGUCAUGUUCGUCAGGUCAUGUCAGGCUUGUGAUUUCAAUGAAGAGGCACUAGCAAAAAAACAAUCUAUGGCUGUGUUUA